AUCUUGGCGUCUAUUACUUUUGUUGUGCCUAUUCUAUAUUGCAGUUUAAUGGGAAGCAAAACCUUCCUCCAAUGACUAAACCUUAGUAUGACUGGGGUAACACUAGGAGCCUGUAGAAAUAUCCAUCAUCGCUGUCUGAGACCCAGUAUUGUAGGUGUGGGUGUGGUCAAAAGACUCCAGGUGAGUAACCUUCAAAGGCUUGCCUUGAAUUUGGAAAACCCUAACUUAUGUCAUGGGUCAAUUGUUUUAUCUUCAAGCAAAAUCAAAGCUGCCCAUAAUGAUAUCUCAAAGCUACUUUAUAUCAAAGUCUCGUGGUGUAUCCGAAGAAGGAUGUACCAAGUUGUCUAUAUUCUGCACAAAAAGUUGAAAGCUCCCUCAGCAUCAGCAUGGAACGUAAAGAUAAAUGAAAGGGAUCAAGAAUUUGCAGACAAUAGCUCUUCAAAUUUACCAGUGGUCCUAUCGAAAAGAAAGAAAUGCUAUUUUCAUUAUUUCUGAUGAAUUACUUUUCGUGGGAUGGGAUGCACAUGUAUUCGACCAAAUAUGGAGCCCAGAAGGGCGUGUGAGAACCUUGAAGAAAUAAUUGUUGCCUUGGAAGAAUUAACCAGAGUGUUCUUAGGGCCUUGUGUAGUGGGAGUCGGGGUCCCUGUGAAUGUGAAAUGUAAUGAGUUUGAAAAUGCCUUUGCAGCUAGCUUUGUUUCUGCUGCUCUCAAUUUAGGUCUCUUGUGUCUCUCACUUAUUCUGAAUCAUGAAUUUUCUGUUUUCGCUUCA